AUGGAGCAGCCGUCUAAUCACCGAGGACAGCUCAAUCCUGGUGAUGCGCCCAGCGGGCCAAAAUUCCGACGGCAUCAAACGUCCACCAAGACGAAUAAAUCAUACGGCAUCCUUCUAUGUGCCGUGAUUACGUGUUUCUUCGUUUUACUAGUAUUUUCACGUCAGUACAGAACUCCACUCAAAACACUUAUCCCCGUGAACAUCCCCCAUGUUCAUCACGAGGUUGAUCUCUCUACCCCGGAGAUCGUUGGCCCGGGGAUCGAGCUCCAUCCGGAAGACCAUGUCUAUCGAGAGCCAGAAACACAACGUCUGGAUUGGGUUUUGAGUUCAAAAAGCAUCCGACCGGAUGGGGUGUUGAAAAGGGUGCAUCUCAUUAAUGGUCACUUCCCCGGACCGGCCAUCGAGGCGCGUCCGGGUGAUACUCUGUUCAUCAAUGUGACAAAUAAUAUCCAGGAGACCCUCUCCAUUCACUGGCACGGGCUGCAUAUUGAAAACAACAUGGAUGGCGUCGUCGGUGUUACAGAAUCUGGUAUACCGCCCGGGUCUUCAUUUAUCUACAACAUCACGAUACCCGACCAUCAACACGGGACUUUCUGGUACCAUGCCCACGCCGGGCUCAUGAGAGCCGACGGGCUGUACGGUGGGUUGAUCGUCCAUCAACCAGCGCCCAAGUCAACAGUACGUGGCUUACGUGCGAGCUCGGCCCCAUACAGCAAAGAGUUUCUACUUUUAAUCGGGGACUGGUAUCACAGACCAGCGGAAGAUGUCAUGUCAUGGUACAUGCGCGCUGGAUCGUUUGGCAAUGAUCCGGUUCCUGACUCUUUAUUGAUUAAUGGUGUCGGCCAUUAUAAUUGCUCAAUGGCAGUUCCUGCCAGACUGGUGGAUUGUGUCCAACAAUAUUCCGAUUUAACAUAUCUCCACGCAAAGGCCAAUACCGCGUAUCGCCUCCGAAUGAUUAACACUGGAUCUCUCGUCGGUUUUACCGUUGCUUACCCGACCGAGUCUCUGACCGUCACCGAGGUGGACAGUAUCAAGGUUGACGCGCAAGAAGCCAGUUCAGUUGGCAUAUUAUACCCAGGCCAGCGCAUGGAUCUCAUCCUGCGCUUGCCGACCGAAGACAAGGCGUCUUCUUUGACCAUUGAAAUGGACCCCGAAUGCAUGAAAUAUCCCAAUCCAGCCCUCGCACCCAACCAGACCUUUGCUAUCAACCCCAGCAAUGCUUAUCACGCGGAAUCUACUGUCACCGACGCUAAUCAAAAUUCAUAUCUUGAUAUACAACACGUUCCCUCUCCUCGGCACAUCUUAUCCUCGCUGCCGCGCCACGCAAAUAUCACGGAGAUGGUUUACGUGAAAACCACGAAGUUUUCCAUCAACCAUAACGUGCCGUAUGGUUUCUUCAAUCACACCUCGUGGACUCCACAACAAGACCCCCUUGUACCAUUGAACGCACUUCCACGGGCGAAAUGGGAUAAUCACCAGCUUGCAUUGGCUGUAGGCGACCAAGAUCAAGAAGACAAAGAUCAAGGUUCAGAUGAACCCGUGUGGGUCGACUUGGUGGUGAACAACUUGGAUGACACCGGUCAUCCAUUCCAUUUGCAUGGUCAUCAUUUUUACGUUCUUACAGUCUACAAGAGCUCGAUUGGUUGGGGCUCCUAUAACCCUUUCUCUGAGUCGUUCCCUCCGGGCUCUGACCCAGAAGCCUACUCUGACACAAAUGGGCUCGACCUUUCACGGGCGAUGUUGCGAGAUAACGUCUAUAUCCCUAGUCGAGCCUAUGCACUUCUAAGGUUCCGGGCCGAUAACCCUGGAACGUGGUUAUUCCAUUGCCACAUCCUGUGGCACCUGUCCAGUGGGAUGGCCAUGCUGGUGAAUGUGGGGAACUAUACAGACUUUCCUAGAGCUCAUGCUUGA